CAGAGCCGAUCGAGGGGAGGCCAAUCUCCAGGUAGCGGGAAGUCCUCCGGAGAUGGAGUGGAAACUGGAGCGCACCGCCCGGAGGAGGGUCCGGACAGAAGAAGAGAUGAUGUGGGAGAAUGUCAUGCGGGUGCUCGCCAAAGACCUGAAGCAGAAGAGAAGUCCAGGUUCUCCCAGGACAUUUGAUGAAGUUAAGACUACAUAUUCUAGCUUCAAGAGCAACUUUGUGAAGAGGUUGUCUGCUGAGGUUCCCAUCGCCAGUAGCCCAGUUACCACCAGAGGGCGGCAAAGCCAAACCAGGGAUCUGGCAGCCUGCUCCUUUGGGGAAGAGCUUUCAACCACUUACCUCCCAGAAGCUUCCGGAUCCAUGCUGAAGAUAACACCUGAGAAAGAGACUCUGAUUCUAGGGUCCUACCAAGAACCACUGAAGACACCCAUCAAAAGGAGUUUUGAAACAAGUAACUCUGCUCUCCAUUUUUGCAAGGCAGCUCAUGCACUGGGCAGAGGCUGGAAUGAAAACGUUGCCUCAAAAGGCCAGAAAUGCCUAAACCAGCUAUUUUCGACCCGGAAGGUGUCUCAGUGGGUUAGUGGGCAAAUGCAGCUCUGUGAGCAAUCCCAGUGUGCCUGGAAAGGCUGCAGAGAUGGAGUCAGAGAUGAAUCCUUCCAUCUUAAAAGAGUCAAUGAUAGAGACUAUUCCAUACUCCAACCGGAAGUGAAGAUUCAUCUUACUGGUCUUCGAAAUGACUAUUAUCUGAAUAUUCUGGAUUGGAAUUUUCAAAAUCUUGUUGCUCUAGCCCUUGGAUCCUCUGUGUUUGUCUGGAAUGGGGAAAACUACAAUGUGAUUGAAAACAUAGACCUAAAUCUCAAUUGUAACUAUGUAUCUUCUGUGUCCUGGGUAAGAGACGGAACCUGCCUGGCAGUUGGCACCAGCGAAGGAGAAGUACAAUUAUGGGAUGUGGUAACUAAAAAGCGGCUGAGAAAUAUGCUUGGUCAUUUGUCAGUGGUUGCAGCUCUGAGCUGGAAUGACUGUAUUCUUAGCAGCGGGUCGAGGCUGGGCCGUGUUUCUCAUCACGAUGUUCGGGUUGCCCAGCAUCACGUUGGAACACUUCACCACAAGCAAGCUGUUUGUGCUCUCAAGUGGUCCCCUGAUGGCAGGCUGCUUUCCAGUGGUUGUAGUGAUGGGCUGCUGACGAUAUGGCCCCAUGACCCGGGUGCGAAAGCCCAGGUUCAACCGCUGAAAGUUAUACCCCAACCUACAGCAGUCAAGGCCAUGGAUUGGUGUCCCUGGCAGUCUGCAGUCCUUGCUGUUGGAGGCGGAAUGGAAGAUGGACAUUUACGUGUCUUGGACAUAAAUACUGGUCAAAGCAUCCAGACCCCAAGCACAAACUCACAGAUUUGUUCGCUAAUCUGGCUACCUAAGACAAAGGAGAUUGUAAGUGGCCAAGGUAGUCCCAAGAAUGAUGUGACUGUGUGGGCCUGUCCUGGUCUGGCCAGGUCGCGUGGAUUUUUGGGCCCCAGAGGCAGAGUGCUGCACCUGGCUUUGAGUCCAGACCAGACCCGGGUGUUUUCUGCUGCAGCUGAUGGCACAGCCUGUGAAUGGAAUUGCUGUCGCUCAGCUCCUCCACGAGCUCCACUUUCCUCGCUUCGAAGUGAGAAUAGUGACAGUGGCCUUGUCUUCUCCAUGGAUUUGUUGUGACGCUCAAACAGGAUGAAGUGCUUUUUCUGAGGUGAAUGUUCUCGUGACCUUCUUUCUCAGGUUACUUUAUUUGCUCUGCUUCCUCCUGUUGCAUUUCCCAGACAUUGUCUUUGCCUCUUCUCUAUUUUCCCCUCCCUCAUCCUUCUCUUCUUCUUCCUCCUUUUUCUUCUUUUCUAUCUCUUCCUUGUUAGGGAUGUGUUGCCACUGUGAUAGAGUAUCUAUAGCAGAGGGGCACCUAGGUGGCUCAGUCGUUAAGCGUCUGCCUUUGGCUCAGGUCAUGAUCCCAGGGUCCUGGGAUCGAGCCCCACAUCGGGCUCCCUGCUCAGCGGGAAGCCUGCUUCUCCUUCUCCCACUCCUCCUGCUUGCUUUCCCUCUCUCACUGUGUCUCUCUCUGUCAAAUAAAUAAAUAAAAUCUUCAAAAAAAAAAAAAAAAAAGAAUAUCUAUAGCAGAGAUUUCCAAACACCUUUCUCCCACUUGACUUUUCUCCCAGUCUCCAGCCUCAUAUUUCUUUCUGCCUCUGGAUAUUUCCUUUCUGAGAUCCCUUCCUGUAUUUAGCUUAAAUCAAAUACAUUAAAAACAUCACUUAUUCACUUGAAAAAUAUUGGUUAAAAUCCUACUAUAUGCUAGGCAGUAUGUUAAGCAUGCACAUUAUUUCCUCUCAAAACGAGAUCCCCUGUAGGACUCCUUUGACCCUCUUCAUGGUCUCAUCCCUAUCUUGGUCAUCCCAUCAUUCAGGGAAUCUCCUGAUUAUUCUGCUCCAUGCUUAAUCCUUUCACACCUUGUUCUCUUCUGUUUCAUUCUAGUCAUGUCCUGAAUACCUGAUGACCACUUGGUUGUAAUUCCUCUGUUUUUCCUGUCUUUAUUCUUCAUGGGUCUCCACACUGUUAGGUUACAUUUCUAAAAGCAUGGUGGUGAUCUUCUCAGCCCCCUGCUCAGAAACUCUCAAUGACUCCCUAUUACAUAAAGCCAUCACUUAAACCUUAGGGUCCUGAGCUCUAGACCUGCCAUAGACUGACCGAGUGACCUUGCAAUGUGGUCAUAACAUUUACAAGAACAGAAAUUUGGAUUUGAUAAUUGUUAAGCUUUUUUUAGGCUCGAUCAGGCCACUGUUCUCUCUCUCUCUCUCUCUUUUUAAGUAGUCUCCAUGCCCAGCAUGGAGCCCAACAUGGGGCUUGAACUCACAACUCUGAGAUCAAGACCAGAGCUGAGAUCAAGAGUCAGACUCUUAACCGACUGGGCCACCUGGCACACUUGUUCUAUCUUUUAAAUGUUAAUCCUUGCUCAUCUCCUGUGUUGACCCUGGGCUAAGUCUUGCAAUUUCCUGCCUUGGUGCCUUUGUUGGAGCUUUUCUUCUAGUCUGAAAUUCCUACUACUCUCUUCCUUUUCUUUGCUCAUUUAAGUCUUAACCUCUCCAGGAAGUGUUUCUAGAUGAUGUUACUUGGAUUUGAACUCUUGGCACCAGUCUAUACCACCCACUUGAACAUUUCCUGUACCCUACAGACUUCUUUAUACCUACUCUCUGCCAACACCUUUCCAUUAUUCUGACCUCUAUCACUAUAGAUUAGUUUUGUCUUAUGCCAACCUGUAGAUAAAUGGAAUCACACCCUGUAUAUCCUUUUUGUCUGACUUCUUUCACUCACUUUUAAGUUUGUAAUAUUAAUUUAUGUUGUAACAUGUAACUGUAGGUUUUUCUCUUUCAUUGCUGUGUAAUACUCCAUUGUAUAAAUGUAUGACAAUUUUUGAUCCAUCUUAUUGUGGAUGAAUAUUUGAACUAUUUUCAGUUUUGACUCUAAGAAUAAA